CGGAGUCCAACAAGUUUCAAACAAAAGUAACAAGAAUCGAGCUUAGCAGAGUUCCGUCCGACACAUUUUUUGAAACAGAAAGUUGAGACAACUCUCCCUCUUCUUUUCACCACUCUCUCUCUCUCUCUCUCUCUGCUGACUGCUGUGGACUGUGGUGGUGUGAAAGAAAUGGAAGCAAUCAAAAAACAAGCUACUAAGCUCAGAGAACAAGUUGCCAAACAACAACAGGCUGUCUUCAAACAAUUUGCUAGUGGACUAGGUGGCCAAGAUAAUAGUGUUACUGAUGAAGUAGAGUUGCAACAGCAUCAAAAACUUGAGAAGCUGUACAUUUCUACUCGUGCUGGCAAGCACUUCCAAAGAGAUAUUGUCCGAGGUGUUGAAGGCUACAUCAUCAGUGGCUCAAAGCAAAUUGAAAUUGGUACUAGGUUGGCAGAAGAUAGCCGAAAAUAUGGGGCUGAAAACACAUGUACAAGUGGCAAUACGUUAUCUAAAGCAGCAUUAAGUUAUAGUAGGGCUCAAGCUGAAAUUGAGAAGGAACGUGAGGAUCUAUUGAAAGCCCUUGGGACACAGGUCGCUGAGCCUUUAAGAGCAAUGGUUGUGGGAGCUCCACUGGAGGAUGCUCGACAACUUGCUCAGCGUUAUGAUAGAGUUAGGCAGGAAGCUGAAGCUCAGGCUAUCGAAGUUUCCAGACGGCAGGCUAAAUUGAGGGAAUCCAAUGGUAAUCCUGAAAGUGCAUCAAAGCUGGAAGCUGCUGAAGCAAAACUUAAGGACCUAAAGUCAAACAUGGCUACUUUGGGAAAAGAAGCUUUUGCUGCCAUGACUGCUGUUGAAGCUCAACAACAGAGGUUAACACUCCAACGGCUCGUAGCCAUGGUUGAGGCACAACGUCAUUAUCAUCAGCGAGUUCUGCAAAUCCUUGAUCAGCUUGAGGCAGAGAUGAUGUCAGAGCGUCAAAGAAUUGAAGCAUCUCCUAGUUAUAAUCCGAUGCCUCCUCCCCCAGCUUAUACUGAAGUUAAUGGUGGACUUGCUUCUCAGUCAUAUGAUGGAUCCAUAGAUGGGAAAACUUAUUUCUUGGCAGAGGUCGUACACCCAUAUGAAGCUGAGUCAGCUGUAGAGCUCACAUUAUCAGUUGGUGACUAUGUAGUUGUUCGAAAAGUGUCAAACAAUGGCUGGGCUGAAGGUGAGUGCAAGGGGAAUGCAGGUUGGUUCCCAUUUGGGUAUGUAGAAAGACGAGAACGCAUUCUUGCAACCAAGGUAGCUGAAGUUUUCUAAAUGCUGCCAUGUUGCAAGUUUGACAUUUGUGACUAUGUAUGCACUUGAAUCUCUGACUGUCUUAUGUUUGCAUUUGUAUCAUAUUCUUGCAGUAAAAAUGACUUUCUUGUCUUCUUCA